AUGGGCACGCGUGGGCCCUGCGCUCUGGCGGACACCACGCCCGCCAAGACCAUCCUGGUGUACCGCAACGGGGACCGGUUCUCCGUGGGCCGCAAGUUCGUGCUGGCGCAGCGCGGCGCGGCCACCUUCGAGGCGCUGCUGGAGCAGCUGACGGAGCGCGUGGAGGUGCCCUUCGGCGUGCGGCGCCUGUACACGCCGACGCACGGGCGCCAGGUGUGCGAGCUGCCCGCGCUGCAGGCCGGCGGCAAGUACGUGGCGGCGGGCCGCGAGCCCUUCAAGAAGCUCGAUUAUAUUCAUAUAGUUCCCAGAAAACCUGUGAAGAUGAGAAAGUUGAAGGAAAUCAAACCAGUGGUGCAUUGUGAUAUUAAUGUGCCUUCCAGGUGGCAGACCCCUCAUCGUAUAUCCCGACCUAUCAAUGUUUUCACGAAUGGAAGAUUAUUUACUCCACCUGUAAAGAUCAUCAUACCCCAGUUCACUCUGACGGAGUGGGGGCGCGUGCUGGCCAUGAUCGGAGAGAAGGUCUUUCCUCUGGGAGGCGUUCGGAAAUUAUUUACAAUGAGUGGGCAACUCUUGGGCAACUCAAAGGAUUUGCAAGACAACCAUUUCUAUGUUGCGGCGGGACUGGAGACCUUUAAGUGUUUCCCUUACUGGGAGUCCCCGAAGGUUCCCACUGACAUCCAACAAAAGUACACAGACACUGAGAAAUGCUCAUGGAGAAAGAAAAAAGAGGGCUCCCAAGGGAAAGGACCUCACAGAUGUGACAGCGUUCCACCUAAGGCACAGGAUUCCGUUUUUUACGCCAAAGAAGGAAAGAAGAACACCGUGGCGGAAUCUUUCAUUCAAAGCAGUGCAGAAGGUGACGUGUAUCAAGCCCAGACCCCUAACGUGGAAACUCAAGAGGCGCCGGAAGUUAAAGAGGACGAGCACGUGCAGGUGGAGGUGCCCGAGGGCCAGAUGCCAGCUGAGAUCGUUAAAGACGAAGAGAUACAAGUGGACACUCCUGACCUGGAAGGCAGCAAGCACCUCUCGAGAACCUCUGCAAGAAUGAAGUGGUUCCGGUUCCUGAAAAAGAACCGCAUGACAUUCUAGAAAGCAAACAUACCCGUGUGCUACCGGAGACCCCAGUGACAACGGAGGACUGCAGAGGAGCACCAGUGGGGCCUCAGGCCCAAGAACCACCACCAAGACGAUCAGAAGAAAAGCCAGAGGAACAGCCACCCCUGGACAGCCACCCCGGGGACGAGCACCCGCAGAGCAGAUGAAAUGCCACGGAAACAACGUCAGCCGGGGUGCGGCGAGCGACAGUCAGAAGCUGGAAGGAUUAGAAGGCAAAUGCAAGUACGAUUAGAUGUUAUUUUUCACAUCAUGCCGAAGAGGUAUGUUAGUAGAAUAUUAAAACUGUGAAUUUCGUAUAUUGGUGGACAGACAUAAAGUUUUAAAAAAUGGUUAAGACUAAAUUCAUCUGGGAUUCCUUCCUCUGUUCCCUGAGUGAGAGGCAGGGAGAGGAGGGACGUGGUCAGUGACGCGUCAUGUGUUAUCUCCGCUCAGCUUUCCCUUAGAUCAUCUGCCCAAAUCUGGCAUCCAGUGACCCAGCCAUCCUGAGAAUGACACUUCGCUGCAGAGUUACCUGCAAGUUCUUUUUCCUAUUUAAUGUGCAUGAAGG